ACAGUUGGAGGCGGAAUAAAGCAAAACGCGUAUAAACAAAGAAAACAAAAAUAGAAAUUAAACCGCUAAACCAACAACAGCACAAUGCAAAAUUUACUAUUUUAUGGCGCUGCGAGUGCCGCCAUAGCAGUGGCCAGUCUGACACACAGCGGCGUGGCGAGCUUUAGCCACGACUCGAACGUUAUAUGGAAUAAUAACAACAACAAUUCCCUACAGCAGACGCUAAUGGCAGAAACAAAAACAAGUUACAGCGCUGCCACCACAAAUAACACAUUGUCAUUGUGGGAAUUGACAACGCGCGCUACAACUGCGGCUACAGCGAUAGCGGACAUUGGCAGCGGCAGCACCAGCAACUUGAUGCGCAGCAGUUUGGUGGAUGAGGGCGGUGGGUAUGGCGACGGAAAUCGGGUUAGCGGCGAUGGUGGAGUCAUCGCGUAUGUUGACAGCUUAAUGCAAGCCUUAAGCACUAGCGCUAGCUUUAUAUAUAACAACAACAAUAACAAUAGCAGCAGCAACGGCAACAUUAGUAGCAGCGGCAACGUUACAGCGGUCAACGAAACGCCAUAUGUACCGUAUGUCAUGCGACCGGAAACAUACAUUGUGCCCGUGCUAUUUGCGCUUAUCUUCAUUGUGGGCGUGCUGGGCAAUGGCACACUGAUUGUGGUCUUCCUCGGCGUACGACAGAUGCGCAAUGUGCCGAAUACCUACAUACUAUCAUUGGCAAUUGCCGAUCUGCUGCUCAUCCUCACCACUGUGCCGUUAACAUCCACUGUCUACACGGUGGACUCGUGGCCAUGGGGCAGCUUUCUUUGCACAUUGUCGGAAUUUAUUAAAGAUGUGUCGAUUGGCGUUUCCGUUUUCACACUUACUGCACUCUCCGGAGACCGGUACUUUGCCAUAGUGGACCCAUUAAGAAAAUUCCAUGCGCACGGCGGCGGCAAACGUGCCACACGCAUGACCAUCGCUAUUGCCGUGUCCAUUUGGCUGUUGGCGAUACUCUGCGCCAUGCCCGCGCUCAUCGGCACCAAUGUGAAGCAACUGGAAAUCAAUAGCAACAAAUCAUUCGCUCUGUGCUACCCCUUUCCGCAGGAGUGGGGUGUUGAGUACGCCAAAACGAUGGUCUUAAUGCGCUUUUUAGUCUACUACGCCAUUCCAUUGUGUAUAAUCGGCGCCUUUUAUGUGUUGAUCGCGCGGCAUUUGAUGUACGCGGCUAGCGUGCCGGGUGAAAUGCAGGGCGCCAUGCGACAGGUGCGUGCUCGUCGAAAGGUAGCCGUAACGGUACUAGCAUUUGUGGUCAUAUUCGGAAUUUGCUUUAUGCCCUAUCACAUCUUCAUGCUUUGGUUCUAUUACUGGCCGACCGCACAGGAUGACUACAACUCCUUCUGGCAUGUUUUACGCAUCGUCGGUUUCUGCUUAUCCUUUGCCAACAGCUGCGCCAAUCCGGUGGCUUUGUAUUUUGUUAGCGGCGCCUUCCGCAAACAUUUCAAUAGAUACUUGUUUUGUCAAGGGUCCGGCGUGCGCCUCAAAAAACGACACCCACACAACGAUACGCUCUGCAUGCAUCGGGACGCAUCGCUCACUAGCACCGCAUCGAAGCGCUACUAUUCAUCGACGCGACGCUCUMCAUGCCAUCAUCACAGCACCGURCGUAGUCGCUUACAAGAGACCACCAUCACCAUUAUGGCGAAUGGCAGUCAAAAUGGGGGACCGCUCACUGAUGUCUCCGAUGUUGCUUUGGCCAGUGAAUUUUGCGAUCACACAGCGCAUUACCAACACCAACAACAACAACAACAACAACAAAUACAACCGUUGCAACAGUCUUCACAACAGCAACAACAAUAUCAACGUCAGUUGUCAUUUAUGUGAGGUAGCCAGUGGGAGGGUGGCUACCAGUCGCCAAAAGCAGCAACUACAAAAACAACARCAUUCAUUCCUACGCAUACAGAUGAAGAAUUUGUAACAGCAAGCACAACCACAAUAACAGCAGCUGCAACAGCAACAUUAACAAAAACAAGUGCUGCAACGCUGACAAGGUCAACGCGGGCGGAAAGUUCGAGUAUCGAGAUGCGCGAUUUAACUGCGUUGAAAGAGAAUUUCCACAAAAAAGCAAAAAAUGCAAAUCAACAACAAGUGCGGCAACAAACACAACAGCAGCAACARCCAGAACGGCAGCAACAAGMCGAGACACAGCACAAUGACAAACGGCACAUACAAUUUCACAUUGUUGACUGUGCACAAAUUUAAAUGGCCGGAACACCAACAAGUAUAUGUAAAAUAAGAYUAGCGUUUACAGCGUUGAAAGAUGAGGAAACGAAUUUAAAAACGGAAAAAUGCAGGCAACAGUUUUUAAAUUUGAUUUUAUGCAAAUUGUAUAUAGUUAAAUAUAUAUGCUUAUAUACAGGUACAGUUAAGUAAAAAAUCGUAUAUUUCUUGACAACAACGRUCAAAUUAAAAUUUAGCUUAAAAUUAGCGCCUAAAGGAUUUUUAAUAAAAUUUAUUGACUUGGUGGUAUAGUAUUAUUAUGUAAGCUUCUAACAAUUAUAUAAGUGAUUGGUAUAAGUGAAGCGAAGUUGAUUUUUGCAGAGCAUUUAAUUUCCUACAGAUAUAAGAGACGAGAUUUUUUUUUUUUUUCAAUCGUUACUAAUGGGUUAUAAAUUUUUAUUUUCCAACAUUGAAGAAAAGAUAUAAAACAAAAAAACGGGACAAUUUCA